AUGCGACCUAUCGAAUACGCCAAGAGCUUCCCCGAGCCGCUUAGCCCCAGGUUUCAUUUGCUGCCACGUGGAACGCUGGAUGACGAGGCAGCAGAGAGAGUAGAGACAACGGAGGCGACAGGCACAGCGGUAACCCCAGAGCCGGCAGAAACGGCAGCGGCAGCAGAGACCACAGCUACCGGGUCACACAAAACCUUCCCGUUAGGGCGCGCGGAAACCCUGGCAGAGGCGAAAACCGGCGAAAACGAUAUGGUAACCGCCACCCACGCGUCCGAGUCCCCGUCCGGAACCCCAGGCACGAGCAGCAGCCGCAGAAGCAACAGCCAGGCCCGUCGGUUUCACGCCAGCGACCCAGACCCGAAGCAGUGCGAGCGGCACUCGUGGAGCGACUAUCACUUCACCUACGCCGUAGCCCGGGCCUUCCAAGACCUGUACGAGAACCGCUGGGGCUGGAGAGACCGCAUGGCGGAUUACUGGGCAGAGGUGGCGCGCGCGUUUAAAGACGAGGACGGAGUUCUGGGGUAUGAUCUCAUUAACGAGCCGUGGGUUGGGGACGAGUUUUCAAACCCCAUGCUCAUGGCGCCAGGGGUUGCUGACAAGCUGAAUCUGGCUCCGUUAUACGAGCACCUGCAAGCGGCUAUCCGCGCGGAGGACCCGAGUAAACUGAUUGCGUUUGAGACUGUCACGUUUGACGAUGCGGUGAGCGGGCUGCGGUGGGUCCCGGGCGGGCAGGCUUGGCGGAACAUGAGCGUGCUGAGUUACCACCACUACCGGCCGCCCAACGUUGCGGUGCGGGCGACCAUGAAGCAACGCAUGGCGGAGCGCAAGCGGCUGCAGUGCGGCGCCAUGCUCACAGAGUUCAGCCUCCCGAGCGUUCCCUUGGGAAUCAAGGUGGGGCGUAGCCGACUGGACAGGCUUUUCGGAAGGGGUCGCUACUUCGGCAGAGGCGUUGGUUCUGGCGGUGAGAGGCCGGCGGAACGAACGCUCAUGCAGAGUAAUUCCUCGGGUUUUCAACGAGCCCCGGGGUGCAGGGUGCACAGGAGAUCGUUGCAGCGGACGCUGCAGCGGAAAGCGUUGCCGUGGGCGGAACGAAAAGCGCAAUCAGCUGCAGGGAAAGCGGUGGUGCGAGAUUUGCUGAGCUGUGGUGAAGCUGAGAUGGGGCGUGCUGUGCAGACGCAGGUGGAGAAGGAUGAGGAGGGGGGCGCCAGGGAACUGAGCAUUACGGGACAACCGAGCAAUGGAACAGUUGACCCGAAGCACAAAAAAGACGAGGAGCCUGGACCGGAGGCAUGGAAAGAGAUGGAGGAGUUGUUGGAUGCAGCAGAUGAGCACGUGCAGUCGUGGAUGGCGUGGGAAUACAAGGCGUUUCUCCCCAUCACGGGCGCUAAUCUUGGGCUGUUCCAUCGCAACGGCUCGCUGAAUAUGCGCCUGGCCUUGCUCCUUGCCCGGACGUACCCACAGGCGGUUGCUGGUCGUAUCCUGCAGUUUUUCUUUAACACUUCUGCUGCCUCUUUUCAUUUGAGUUACGUGGCGAACCGCCCUCUGCCACUGGACAGACACGUUCGGCCGACUACCUGGCUGUCUUCAUCUAAAGAUGGAGAUGCGCAGGGAAAGGACGACUCUUCAGCAGCACCUGCUGGAGUGGAAUUUCGGACAGAGAUUUACUGCUUCCGAUGUGGGGAGGUGGGGUGGAGCACAAGCAAGGCAGCCAUGGCGUGCCCUCUUCCCCUCUCACGCGAGCUCUCCUCUCACGCAGCUCCCCCCACGCUCGUCGCUGAUUGGCUGCGCGACGAUCAGGAGGCUCCUCCCACUGGGGAGCAGCAGCAGGCAGAGGAGGAAGACGAGGAGGAGGAGGAGGAAGAGGAGCAGGAGGAGGAGGAAGAGCAAGAGGAGGAGCAGGCACAGGGGGGUGGGGGUGAGGGGGAGGGGAAGGGGGAGGAAGAGGAGGAGGAGGAUGAGGAGGAAGAGGAGGAGGAGGCGGAAGAGGAAGAAAGAGGGGAGGAUGGAGAAGGUGGGGGCGCUGAAGAGGAGGACGAGGAGCAGGAGGGGGAGGAUGAGGAAGAGGAGGAGGAAGAGGAGGAGGAAGAAGAGGAGGAGGUGGAGGAGGAGGAGCACGAGGAGGAGGAAAGGGAGGAGGAGGGAGACGAAGAAGAGGAGGAGCAUCCGGUGCAAGAAGGAGAGGAGGAAGAGGAGGAUGAUGAGGGAGAAGAAGCAGAGGAAGAAGAGGAGGAGGAGGAGGAAGAGGAGGAGGAAGAGGAGGAGGAGGUAGAGGAAGAGCAGGAGGAAGAGGAGGAUCAGCAGGAGGAAGAGGAGGAGGACGAGGAAGAGGAAGAAGAAAGCGUGCAGUUAGUAGAAGAGGAGGAAGGGCAUGGGGAAGGGGUAGAAGCGGAGGAGGACGAGGGAGAGGGAGCAGAGGAGGAGGAAGUGGAAGAGGAGGCGGUAGAGCUGGAGGAAAGCGAGGAAGAGGAGGAGGGGGAGGAGGAGGAGGAGGAGGAGGAGGAGGAGGAGGAGGAGGAGGAGGAGGAGGAGGAGGAGGAGGAGGAGGAGGAGGAGGAGGAGGAGGAGGAAAAUCAGGGAGAAGCACAAGGGCGCGAGCCCAAGUGGCUUGAAGAGGAGGAGGACGUACCGUUGUCUCACAUGCAGGGGGGACGACCGGGCAAGGCAAACCAGGCAGGUCAUACUCCUACUGCUGCUGCUGCUGCUGUUGCUGCAGGAAAAGCGGCUAGCGCUAUAGACAUAGUGGGAGGGAGAGGACGAGGAGGGCCAUUGGCAGGCCCAGCAGCAGCAGCAGCAGCAGUGUUUCCAGAUUCAUUGGCAGCUGGGAGGGGAUCUGUAGCCGCUGGUGUUGGUCGAGGGAUGGUGAAGCAGGAAGCAGGGGACGUGAAUGGAUUUCCAGGGAUGAGCCACCAGCGGCACCACCUUGCUUCUCCUGCUUCUCGUGCUGCGGCUGAUGCGGCCAGCAUCAGCGCCGGGGCUGGUGCUGAUGCAGGGAAGAGAGGGGAAAGAGCAGCGUUAGGCGGCCAAGGAUCCUCUGCCAAGGCUGAAGUAGUAGAUGGUCCGUCUAGUCCGUCUAGACCCUCCGUGCCCGUUUUCACCCCCGCUGGCGGAGAUACAAGUCAGUCUAAAGAAAGUGCUUUCCAUGCUGCUGCUGCUGCGGCUGCGGCUGCGGCUGCGGCUAGCGGCGCCACCGGUGGAAGGAAUGAGCUGGUGGUGUCGAGGGAUCGUGCGAGGUUGGAUGCAGCGGUUGCAGCAGCAGGCGCGCUGGAGCUCUGUCCUGGCGUGCAGCUGCGUAUGCUGCCUGAUUAUGAUGAUAUAGCCCCCAGCUUGGGUCUUCCAGGCUAUGCGGACGUUUAUCUGGAUGAAAGGGCGUUGAAUCCUAGUUUGGGACCCGGGGAACUUGCUUCUGUGGUCCUGGCGGGGGUUAUUCAGAAGGAGAAGGAACGGCGGGAGUGGGAGGUGAAGGAGAGAGUGGGGAAGGAGCUGGAGAGAUUAGAGGGAGAGAGGAUGGAAAGGGAGAGGUUAGAGAGGGAGAGGUUGGAGCGGUUGGAACAGGAAAGGAAGGAAAGGGAGAGGAGGGAGAGGGAGAGGAGGGAGAGGUUGAGGAGGGAGCAGGAGAGGAAGGAGAGGGAGAGGAAGGAGAGGGAGAGGAAGGAAAGGGAGAGGAAAGAGAGGGAGAGGAUAGAAAGGGAGAGGAAGGAGGCUGAGAGGAGGGAGAGGGAGAGGAAGGAACGGGAGAGGAAAGAGAGGGAGAGGAAGGAAAGGGAGAGGAAGGAGAAGGAGAGGAAGGAGAGGGAAGAGAGGGAGCGUCAGAGGUUGUUGGAGUUGGAGAGGAAAAGAGAGGAGGAAAGGAGAAGGGAGGAGGAGAGGAAAAAGGAGGAGGAGCGGCAGAGGCAGUUGGAAUUGGAAAGGCAGAGGGAGGAAGAGAGGAAGCGACAGUUAGAGCUCGAACGGGAGCGAGAGAGGGAGAGAGAGAGGGAGAGGCAGCGGGAAUUAGAGCGAGAACGAGAGAGGGAACGGCAGAGGCAGUUAGAGAUACAUAGGGAAAGGGAGAGGGAGCAAGAGAGGGAGAGAGAGAGGGAGCGGCAGCGAAUAGCAGAGGAAGCAGCGGCUGCUGCGGCAGCGGCGGCGGCGGCGGCAGCAGCAGCAGCGGCUGCAGCAGCAGCAGCAGCGGCUGCAGCAGCAGCAGAAGAGAGUGGUGGGGCAGAUCAAAUGAAGUUCUGGGGAGCUUCCAGAACGAGGGGGUCUAGAUCUGCAAUGUCUCUGGCGCUUGGAAUGUCCCCAAAGAUUCUCAUGGAGAGAUCUGUCCCCUCUCAUGCGGAUGCGACUGACUGCUCCGUUCUUUUCCUUCGACCAGAAAACAGAAAACAUACCAUUCUCUGGUUUCCCGUCUUCUCGUCUCCCGUUGCUCGUCCUGUUGUGAAACUUGUGGCAGGGUUGGCGCUGGGUUUGCCGGUGCAGGGAAGUCCCGGUGAUAUGCAAGGGCGUGCCUCUGCUGCGCUGGGGGGAGCUGGGUUUGCAGCAGGCAUGCAGCAGCAGCAGCAGCAGCAGCAGCAGCAGCAAGCGGGGAUGCUUGUGCAAAAGCAGGGUAGGCCGUCUCUAGACGCUGUUCUGGCAGCAGCAGUGGCAGCAGGGAGUAGCACUGAUGGCACAGCAGGUGCAGGAGCAGCAGACGCAGCAGCAGCAGCAGGGGGGGCAGCAAUGCAGCAGUUUUCCCUGGGCGCGCCAGGCUCUGCCACCCCCUUCCCGCAACAACCCACACCACCAUCCGCCCUCACCCCUCCUCCGCUCUCCGCCCUCUCCGCCCCACCGCCUUCCAAACCUGGCGAAGCCGGCGGGCCUGUGACAGGGAUAGUGCAGGGGAAGCGUGGGGUGGUGGGUGGGGGGAGGAAGGUUCUGUCGAAGGUGGAGCAGGAGGCAGCGCUGCUGAAAGAGAUGGAGAAAACGGCCAAGGCAUGGAGCUCCAUGGUGCGAAAGGACCUGCUGAAGCACCACCGGCUGUUUGUGAUGACGCACAAGAAGCAGUCGCUGGACUGCAAACGCACCGCUGAGCUGUGCCAACGGGAGGUCCGUGCACGCGUGACGCGGUCAGUCAAGGCGGCUAAAGGCGCGCCACUGCGUAUGAAGCGGCUGGCCCGGGAUAUGGUGCUGUUCUGGCGGCGGUACGACCGUGAGCAGACUGAGCUAAGGAAGAGGGAGGAGAAGGAGGCGCUAGAGGCGAGGCGGAGGGAGGAGGAGCUCAGAGAAGCGCGGCGGCAGCAGCAGCGGCUGAAUUUCUUGCUCACACAGACGGAGCUGUACUCGCAUUUCAUGCACUCCAAGGUUGCGCCGGGAGGCGGGGCGGCCGGUGGUGCUGGGGCGAAAGCACGUGCAGCGGCGACUGCUGCUGGUGGUGGUGCUGCUGCUGGUGCAGCCGCUGGUGCUGGUGGUUCCGGCGCUGGUGGGGGAGGAGAGGGUUUGAGUGCGGAGGAGGUGGAGGAGAACGAGAGAAUGGCGGAGGAAGCAAGGUUGGCUGCGGUGCAAGCGGCGAGUGAGCAGCAGAGCCGCACGAAUCUGUUUGACUCGGAAUCGAGGCGGCUGCGAGGGGAAGGGGGAGAGGGGGAGGGGGAGGGGGAGGGGGAAGAGGAGGAUAUGGGGGCGGGCAGGGAAGGGGAGGAGGGCAUAGCUGCAGAUAUGGAUCUGCUGAACCCGUCCACAAUGCCGGAAGCAUCAACAGUGACGCAGCCAAGCAUCUUCCGAGGGCGGCUGAAGGAGUACCAGUUAAAGGGGCUGCAGUGGCUUGUCAAUCUCUACGAGCAGGGCCUGAACGGGAUUCUGGCGGAUGAGAUGGGACUUGGCAAGACCAUUCAAGCCAUGACCUUCCUUGCUCAUCUAGCUGAGGAGAAGGGCAUCUGGGGACCCUUCCUUGUGGUGGCGCCAGCGUCGGUGCUCAGCAACUGGGCGGACGAGCUUGCACGGUUCCUGCCGGAGUUCAAGGUGUUGCCGUACUGGGGAGGGCUGCCAGAGCCCACAGUGCUGCUGCACAAUGUCAUCCAUGCUAAGAAGCUCCGUCCCCCUCCCCUCCCACCCUCCCACCCUCCCACCCUCCCACCAACACGUCCAUCCGCCCUGUCAGUUUCCUGCCGGAGUUCAAGGUUCCUGCCGGAGUUCAAGGUGCUGCCGUACUGGGGAGGGCUGCCAGAGCGCAGAGUGCUGCUGCACAAUGUCAUCCAUGCUAAGAAGCUCCGUCCCCCUCCCCUCCCACCCUCCCACCCUCCCACCAACACGUCCAUCCGCCCUGUCAGUUUCCUGCCGGAGUUCAAGGUGUUGCCGUACUGGGGAGGGCUGCUAGAGCGCACGGUGCUGCGCAAGAUUUUCCACCCUAAGAAGCUCCGUCCCCCUCCCUUCCCACCCUCCCACCCACACGUCCAUCCGCCCGUCGGUUUCCUGCCGGAGUUCAAGAUGUUGCCGUACUGGGGCGGGCUGCCAGAGCGCACGGUGCUGCGCAAGAACAUCCACCCGAAGAAGCUCUACCGCAAGGACGCGGCGUUCCAUGUGAUGGUGACGUCGUACCAGCUGCUCGUGGCAGACGACAAGUACCUGCGGCGGGUCAAGUGGCAGUACCUCGUUCUGGACGAGGCCCAGGCUAUCAAGAGCGCUGGCAGGUGCGUGCUGAUCUGCUCGUUGAUGAUACCUGCGGCUGCGGCAGCACCCCCCUUCACCCACCCCCUCCUCCACGUCCAGCACUCAGCGGCGCACGCUGCUGUCAUUCUCGUGCUGGCACUUUUUUCUUCUGCACUGUGUCUUAGCAUCAUUCUACUCCACCCACCUCCUCCGCAACCCCCACUCCACCCCUCCUCCACGUGCCGCAUCCGGUGGCGCACGCUGCUGUCGUUCUCUUGCCAGCACUUGGUCUUCUUCAGCACUCAUCCGGUGGCGCACGCUGCUGUCGUUCUCGUGGCAUUGAAACAUCCUAUCCUGCCUGUCUCCUCCCAACCCCCCCCCCCCCCAUCCCACCCCCGCUCCACCGUUCAGCAUCCGGUGGCGCACGCUGCUGUCGUUCUCGUGCCGCAACCGGCUGCUGCUGACAGGCACGCCCAUCCAGAACUCCAUGGCGGAGCUGUGGGCGCUGCUGCACUUCAUCAUGCCCACGCUCUUCGACAGCCACGAGCAGUUCAGCGAAUGGUUCUCCAAGGGGUGCGUGCGUCUGUGUGUUUGGGAGGGGGGUCGGAGGGGGGCAAAUGGGGAGGGGGGAGCAGUGAGGACGGGGGAGGGGAGGGGGCAGGAGAGGGGUCGGAGAAGAGCGGGCAGGGAAACGGGAGCAGACCUGGUUUCAUUGAGGGCCAUGCGGAGCAUGGAGGGCUGCUCAAUGAGCAUCAGCUCAGCCGUUUGCACGCCAUCUUGAAACCGUUCAUGCUGCGGCGCGUGAAGAAGGAUGUGGAGACGGAGAUGAGCGGCAAGAAGGAGCUCCACGCCAUUCUGAAGCCGCUCAUGCUGCGGCGGGUGAAGAAGGACGUGGAGACGGAGAUGAGCGGCAAGAAGGAGCUCGUGCACGCCAUUCUGAAGCCGUUCAUGCUGCGGCGGGUGAAGAAGGACGUGGAGACGGAGAUGAGCGGCAAGAAGGAGCUCGUGGUGCCGUGCAAGCUGCGCGCGCGGCAGCAGGCGCUGUACCGCGCGGUGAAGAACAAGAUCUCCAUCGCGGACCUGUUUGACAGCGUGGGCGGGCAGAUCAACGAGAAGAAGGUUCUGCACCUCAUGAACCUCGUCAUCCAGCUCCGGAAGGUGGGUGGUGGGAGGUGGGCACAGGAAGCUAAGCACCAGUUCACUUCCAUUUUGUACCAUCUCCCAUUCUUCCCCCCCGCUUUUCUUGCCUACCUCCCCAUCGCAACCCCACUCCUCGUGCCCACCCCCCUCUUCCAGGUGUGCAACCAUCCAGAGUUGUUUGAGCGCAACGAGGCAGCGGCGUAUUCUUACUUUGCCACCAUCUCCU